AUGAAGCCCUCAGGAGCAAUCUCGCUUGGCUUCGCUGCCCUUGUCAGCUCAGUUGCCGCCUCCCCCGUGCAACUCGAGCAGCGCGCCGCCACCGUCAAGGGCUUCGACAUCUCGAGCUACCAGCCCAACGUCGACUUCCACAAGGCCUACGCCGACGGCGCUCGCUUCGUCAUCAUCAAGGCCACCGAGGGAACCACCUACACUGACAAGACCUUCUCCAAGCACUACACGGGCGCAACCGAGGCCAAGCUCAUCCGCGGCGCAUACCACUUUGCCCACCCCGGGCAGAACCAGGCCUCAGCCGAGGCUGACUUCUUCGUCAAGAACGGCGGCGGCUGGUCCGGGGACGGCAUCACCCUACCCGGCAUGGUCGAUCUGGAAUCCGAAAAGGGCCACCCCCAGUGCUGGGGGUUGUCGCAUUCCGCCAUGGUCGCAUGGAUCAGGGACUUUGCUGACACGUACCGCGAGAAAACUACCCGGUGGCCCAUGUUGUAUACUAACCCGUCGUGGUGGUCCUCUUGUACCGGAAACUCGCAGGCCUUCAAGGAUACUUGCCCGCUGGUUCUGGCGCGCUACGCCGGCUCUCCGGGCGCCAUUCCUGGGGGCUGGCGCGCCCAGACGAUUUGGCAGAAUAGCGACAAGAGCCCGUGGGGUGGCGACUCUGAUGUUUUCAAUGGAGACUUGGCCCGGUUGAAGAAGCUUGCUACCGGUUGA